CCCUCCUCCCACCUCUCCUCAAGCACCCUCUCCUAAGGUCUGAAGCAAACAGUGGGGGGGGGGCUGCCCUCCAAUUACCCAGGUGUCCAUGCGUGGCCCUCCCCAGGCUCAUGAGGACCGCUGGGGGGGAGACUGGAAAAUCCAGUUGCCAGCACUGGUGCUGAGGCCCCGGGAGAAGAGAGGCCGUAAGCCGCAAUGGCGUCUUCAGUGCACCUCUUCCUCCUCCUGGUCCUCCUCAGCAGCUCCUGUGCAGCAGGGCCAAAGGUGAUUUUGCAAGUAAAGCUGACUGAGGCUUCUCAGGCCAAGGCCUCCCAGGACUCCCGCUUUCCCAACGUGCUCCAAAAGAUCUGCUACCUCCUCCACCUCCCACCGGGGACCAACGUCACCCUCCAUCACAAGGGGCCUUCCCACAGCCUCAGCUGCAGAGCCUGAGGGCAGCGGAAGCCGGCGUGGGCCCGGAGCGGGCGCUGGGAGCGAGCAGGCCUUGGCCUAGCAGGCCCCUGCCCUGCUGCGUGCUA